AUCCACCUGCGUCGGCCUCCCAAAGUGCUGGGAUUACAGGUGUGAGUCACCGCGCCCGGCCAUGAGUUAUAAAUAUUAACAAUUUCUUGCUGUAAAUUGAAAGGAUCCUUCGCAUCUUUGCAUUUCAUUACUACCCUCUGUUCUCUCAAGAGAAAUUCUAUUUCAGCACUCAGUCCUGAAGUUACAGAAGUUAAUAAUUUUUUAAAAUCCUGCAAAUAAUACAUGGAUAUCCCCGUCUUACACACUCUUUGGGCCAGUCUAGAAUUCUUCGCACCAACAUUUCGGUGGUCUGAACCUCUGCCACCCACUCAGCUCUCCAGGGCAGGGAAGACAACCGUAGGCCUGCGCCUGGGUCGGCGGGGGGCGGAGCUUGCGUGCUGACGCACAAGAGCCGUGCGUGGGAACGUGCGUGUCUCAAGACCCAGGGAGGGUAACCGUCGCCCGGCUUCGAGCCUCAACUGUCGUUGGUGUAUUUUUCUGUUGUUACUUCUGUGCCUUCCUUCAAAGGUGGUGCUUUGCCCUUUUGGGUCAUCUGUACUGAUAGCGCCAAGCAAACCAUUUGUGAGCGUGUGAUCCUGGGGUGAAAGUGGUGGCUGGGGGCAGGGAGAAAUCCAAAAGCCGGCUCGUGCCCAAGCCCUCCCAUUGCCUGGUAAACUGGGCCUUGCUUUACCCUCCCCGCACCGUUUGACCGGGAAAUUAUUUCCUUGGCUUCCCCCUAUCCCGGGCUCCAACAUUCUGCAAACUUAAGAGUGGUUCUUUAGAUGUUCAGUGUGGUUAAUCCAAUGAAAUUGCAUUAUCCCUAUCAGGUUCUCCAAAUGUCAACUGUCAAGGAGCAGCUAAUUGAGAAGCUAAUUGAGGAUGAUAAAAACUCCCAGUGUAAAAUUACUAUUGUUGGAACUGGUGCCGUAGGCAUGGCCUGUGCUAUUAGUAUCUUACUGAAGGAUUUGGCUGAUGAACUUGCCCUUGUUGAUGUCGCAUCGGACAAGCUGAAGGGAGAAAUGAUGGAUCUUCAGCAUGGCAGUCUUUUCUUUAGUACUUCAAAGAUUACCUCUGGAAAAGAUUACCAUGUAUCUGCAAACUCCAGAAUAGUUAUUGUCACAGCAGGUGCAAGGCAGCAGGAGGGAGAAACUCGCCUUGACCUGGUCCAACGUAAUGUGACUAUCAUGAAAUCAAUAAUUCCUGCCAUAGUCCAUUAUAGUCCUGAUUGUAAAAUUCUUGUUGUUUCAAAUCCAGUGGAUAUUUUGACAUAUAUAGUCUGGAAGAUAAGUGGCUUGCCUAUAACUCGUGUAAUUGGAAGUGGUUGUAAUUUAGACUCUGCCCGUUUCCGUUACUUAAUUGGAGAAAAGUUGGGUGUCCACUCCACAAGCUGCCAUGGUUGGAUUAUUGGAGAACAUGGUGAUUCUAGCGUGCCCUUAUGGAGUGGGGUGAAUGUUGCUGGUGUUGCUCUGAAGACUCUGGACCCUAAAUUAGGAACAGAUUCAGAUAAGGAACACUGGAAAAAUAUCCAUAAACAAGUUAUUCAAAGUGCCUAUGAGAUUAUCAAGCUGAAGGGGUAUACCUCUUGGGCUAUUGGACUGUCUGUGAUGGAUCUGGUAGGAUCUAUUUUGAAAAAUCUUAGGAGAGUGCACCCGGUUUCCACCAUGGUUAAGGGAUUAUAUGGAAUAAAAGAAGAAAUCUUUCUCAGUAUCCCUUGUGUCUUGGGGCGGAAUGGUGUCUCAGAUGUUGUGAAAAUUAACUUGAAUUCUGAGGAGGAGGCCCUUUUCAAGAAGAGUGCAGAAACACUUUGGAAUAUUCAAAAGGAUCUAGUAUUUUAAAUGAAAGGCUUCUAAUGUUCCACUGUUUGGAGAACAGAAGAUAGCAGGCUGUAUAUUUUAAAUUUUGAAAGUAUUUUCAUUUGAUCUUUAAAAAAUAAAAACAAAUUGGAGACCUAUGA